UAAGUGUUGACCUAGCCACGACUUACUACCGUAGUCAGCACGCCAUCUAUUGUCCAGCUUAAUAACUACUUGUUUGUUUACAAAAUUUAACGUAGGAGCAGAAGGCAGCGCUGGGAAUAUCUUCAAUCAUCGACGUCGCCAUGGCUCCUGAGAAGACAGACCCUGAUGGUGAGACUGCUGCUAAUACCAGUAAUGUGUCUGAGGAUGCUGUAGCAGCCACAGAAGGGGAUCAUGACCCAUAUUUUGAGCCGGUGGUGACACUUCCGGAAAUUCAAAUAAAGACUAAUGAGGAAGAGGAGGAGGAAAUGGUUAAAUUGAGAUGCAAGCUUUUCCGCUAUCAUACUAUCGAGUCUCCUGCAGAGUGGAAGGAACGAGGCACUGGGGAUGUAAAGAUUUUGAAAAAUGGCUACAAGAAGACUGUUCGCUUGUUGAUGCGACAAGACAAGACUCUUAAAAUUCGUGCAAACCAUUACAUUACACCUUAUAUGGAACUCAAGCCAAAUUGUGGCAGUGACCGAGCAUGGGUGUGGUCAGUGGUAGCAGAUUUUGCUGAUGAAGAACCGAAGCAAGAACUUUUUGCCAUCAGAUUUGCAAAUGCAGAAAAUGCCCGACUCUUUAAGGAAGUAUUUGAUGAAGCUCGAGGUAUUGUGACUGUGGCAGAGGUUAAGACAAAGGAGGAUGAGGAGAAGAGGAGGAGUGAUGAGCUAAAGGAAGAAGUGGACACGAAGACAACUGACCCGACUGACAAGUCUAAGGCUGAGGAUAAGACGGCAGAUGAUGUUUCCAAACAACUGGAGAAAAUGACUGUAAAGGGGGAUCAGACGAAGGAAUAAAACACAGGCAGGUGUUUGUAAGAAAAUUAUCAUCAUGGUAUCUUGUUAAUAUUGCAGAGCUUUGCUUGUCUCAUUAACAUUCUCAUUUUUUAAUUGCAUUAUUUUUGUGUAGAUACCAUCAUUCCAUAUUUUAUUUAGAUAGUUAUUUACAGGUGAUCAUUAUCGAAUUGUAUUUUUUGUUUCAAAAUGAUGUGCCUUGGUCUUCAUUGGUGAAUGUUCUCUAGAAUGAGCUGUGAUCAGUAUGCAUGGUGAUCUGCUUCAGUGUAUGUAUUGAAGAUGAAAUAAUGAUAGACAUGAUGUAAUGAAGUAUAUAAAAUAGUGAAUGUUUAUUUUUAAUUAGUAUAAAAGAAAGUUACCCUUCAUAGGAAAUUUUGUUGGCAGCCAUAGAUCUAUUCUCUUGGUUAUUGAGAACACAAACAGGAAGUAUCUCGACAAGGUGAUGUGGAAAAGCAAUCAUGACACUUUUUCAUUAACUACUGUCGUGUCUGACAUAUUGAAUGAUUCAGAUUUGCUUUAUACAGUAUAGUGAUAAGGAUAUUUGAAUUCACUGUAAAGAAUGUUCUGCAUGUGCACAGGGUUCUAAAAUGAAAAACAAAAAAUAUCAUUGGGGCCAUUUCCCACAUUUAUGGGGUGAGGGGCACUUGACAACACAGAACCUGGGGGCCCCAGCCCCCGUCUCUUCUUCCUUACUGUAGGGUCUGCCAGGUUGUUGUGCACUGCUAAAUGGUUGGCAAUCGGCUCUCCACAUUUCUAUGACAAUAUUAAAGAGCAGAAAAUGGACCAAUGUGGUCUGCUUUCAUAGAAUUUAUAAAAAUGGAGACUAGGAAUAUAGACUAAUAUAUAUAUAUAUAUACACAUGUUUAUUAUUUUCUUACCAGAUCAGCUGUCUAUGAUCCGGUAAUUUGUCCCAACACUUAAGCAUUUUGUAAUGGCCCGUCUAUACAAUUUUGUUUUAAUGCAUGUAAUCUUACAUAAGAAUUAUUAAUUUGAGUUUGUUUUUGUAGUUGGCUAAGUGAAAUUAGCAUUGUAGUAAAUUCCGCACUGGGACAUUCAUUUAAAUAUCACCUGGCUUUGAUUAUUUAUAUCCAAGAUUAAUACAGCUUUAAUAUCUGUAGUUAGGCAUUUGUCCUCCUUUUAUAGUCUAUUCUAGAUGAAGGUUGAGGACGAAGAGAAAUUUGUUGGGUGGUCAGUUUUGGAAUUUGUUGUUUAAUGACUAUUGAGAGAGAUCAGAUUACUACAGUUAACUGAAGUUGGUGGUACGCUCUGUAGUUUUGAUCACGAGCAAAUGCAUGAUUUUGAAAUUAGCUAAGUAGCCAUUAAAUUUUUUAGUAGCCUGACAUUAGAAUACGUCACUCUGACAUGACCAUUAUAUUAUUGAUUCCUGGUAUAUAACAAAACAGGUGUAGGUUACUAGAUAAUCUCUUUGUUAUUUUACUGGUUUACUGUAAAUCCAGUGUAUAAAAUUUGCAUGAGAUGGUUCAAGGAAUGUAUGGGUUAGAUGAGCAUCAUUCAAGCACUGCCUUCAUUGCUUGCACAGUUUUCCAUAACAUUUGCCUAUACUGUAUCUCUUAGUUGCUCACUUAAUGGCAUUGACAGAUUAUUCACAUUAUUAAAUAAAAUUAAAAUCUAUUUCACGAUUACAGUAUAUUUAGCAGUUGGUGAUAGAAAUGUGAUGUUCUUGCACAUAGGUGGUUGUUUUCUCCUCCUCUCUCCAUUCUUUUCCCUCACCCACCCACCUUCUUGAUAUACUAUUUGCACAAUGUUUAUUUAGUGUGUGUGAUUUUGAAAGUUCCUAGAUUGAAUAUGUUGAAUUAUGCAUAAGCAAUAAAGUUUGCAGUAUUGGAGGCAUCUGAUUGCAGGUCUUGUAUGUGAUCACUGAGCACCUCUUUAGCGUAUUGCAUUAGUUUAUUUCUUGGUCAGUCAUUGUAAGUGGGAGAGGACAGUCAUUGAUGUGGUGUAGGCUGCAUUUUGCAGUAAAGACCCAAUGCACCCAAUCUUUAUAUUUUUUUCACAAGGUCACUCUGUCUUCCUGAGUUUUUGUUUUCAGAUAAAUGGUACAAAAGAAAAUAUGGUUGCUUGUGUGACCUUUUGGAAGAAAUUCAUAAUGUACCAAACCUUGAUUGUAAAAUACUCCACAUACCACUAUAAAGACUAGUCUCUCCUGCCUGCUAUUCAGCUGUGUAGAGAGAUAGUCAGUAUUCCAUGCGGGACUAGCCACGAGACACUCAGCUUUGCGUUUACACAGUACUGUGUAUUCAUUUUGGCAACUUUGAUCACACCUCAUAUAUACAAACAUGCUUGCACAUGUAUUCAUGUGCACACACACAACUCUUUGUUUCUUAAUAUAUGCAGUAUACACUGCUGUCUAUAAUAUUGGGCAGAAGUCUAUAUUUUUUGUAAGGAAAGGCUUAUCCUUACCAGGAUUUUGCAUUCCUUUCUAGUUUGCCUUUAAUUUAGAAUGUGGAAAAAAAUGAGGACAAUUGAUAAAAAAAAGGGACAUAAUAGGCAUCUCAUACAUUGGAUGUGGAAUGUAUCAAGGUGGUAUUUUAAAAUCUAUACCUUUAAAAUUGUGCACUCUUUUUGAGAACUGAAUUGCUGAAUUACCAGUAGAAAUGAAGUAUAGGUAGUGGUUAGUCAUCAGAAAAAAGUGCAAAUGCAGACAGUUAUUAUUACUCACCUGUUUAUUGUACACCAGAUAAGAAUGAAUGUCUUAAUGUUGUGAUGUACGUAGAGUGUGAGUUUGGGUUUGUUUCAUCAAUUUCCGUGUUGUGCAAAUGAUAUGGCCUAAUAUAUAUAGCACCUUAUUUUGUAAAUACAGGUGGUGAUCUUGUUUUGUGUGUGCAUAAGAGGACUGGAAGUCUCCACAAAAUUUAUUUUACUAAAUGUACUUUACAGAAAGCAAUGUGGUAAGGUGUAUGAUAAAUUGGAUGGUGGUGAUUUUACUAAAUUUUUUUUUAAAUGCCAUUUUAACUUCCAAUUGCAGUGCCUAUGAAGUCUUAACUGUAAAACAAUCUCAAAAGUAUCUUGGGUCAUAGUCAUUAAAGUAGAUUUAAUCAAGCUGACUCCUGCUGAUGCAGCUGCCAGUUGGGCACCAGUAUUAUUGCUCACUAACAUCUAAGAAUAACAGGCUUUUGAGUUAAAAAAAAUUUCACCUUCAUAUUGUUUUGAAGGCAUUUGUGAAUACCACAGAAAGUCAUAGCAUCAUAUGUAACUAUUCUCUUGGUGUGUUUUAUACAAGAUCCUCAUAUAGACCAUAUCUUCAUAUGUUAAUUGGUACUAAAUAAUGAAAGAUAAUUGCAUGUUGCUUUGAAGCUGUGAUUGGGUUUGGUGCUUAAGAGAGGCCAACCCCACUUAGGGGCAUAGAGUAACCUGCUAUUAAACAAAAACAAAGA